GUUCGCGCUGUAGGUAAGUCUCUCUUCUUACUGAGACUACUUGUAGGAUCUUUUAAUUGCUUUCAGUGAUAAAAAUUGUAAAACAAGCGUUCUUUAGUAGUAGUAGAGAUAUUAUGAGCUCCUGUGAAGCUCGUGCAGAACGGCUGCGCCGUGUUAACCAUUACAAAGCGGUACAGGCUGAGCUAGCAAGACAAAAAGAAGAGGCUGAUUUUAUUGCGCGACGAGAACAAAGGGCACGUGCCUGUAGGGAAGAUGAAGCGUUAGCUGCUGAGUUAGCAGAGCAGCAAGCUAAGAUUACCAAAGAUGAAAAAAUGCUUCUGUUUGUUCGGGACUUUCCUGAAGUACGCAACUUGGAACAUAAACUGAAGGAUGCAUAUCUAAAAAAGGCGCGAGCCGAACAAGUAAUUGACUCAAAUACUGCCAGGGAGCAAGAGGUGGAAGAACAAAGAAAGUAUCUUCAAGUACUAAAUGAGGAAUGCAAGCAAGCUGAAGCUUUGGAGGAGAAGAAGCGUUUACGGGAAAUCCAGCGCUUCCGGGAGCAUCAAGAAGCGCAGUUAAAUCUUAUUAGGGAACACCAACAGGCUGCUCUCGAGGAGGUGAGUGAGCGGCUGCGAGAGCGGAUUGCCGUUGACGCGGUGGUGGCUCGUGUUAAUGAAAAGGAAUUCCUCAAUGCCCUUGAACGGAAGGAAAAGCAACGGAAACUCCAAGAGGAGAAGGACGAAUUUUAUCGCAUUCGUAUGGCCUUGAAGAAGGCAGAGCAGGAACGGGAGGCCAAGGAGGAGGCUGCCAUCCUGGCUUAUCUUGCAGAGCAAAACCGACGCAAGGAGGCGGAUGGAAAGACAUUCCGUGAGCGGAACCAGGUGAGGGCUAAUAUUCUUGAGGAACAGGGUCGCUUUAUAAUUGAGGAGCAGCGAAAGAAGGAGGAGUUAGAAGAGCUCUUGUACAACUAUUACAAAGAAGAGCACAUUGCUAAGGAACAGGCUUUGCUAAAGGCCGAGAAGGAAAGCCGUGAGCGUAUGAGUGCUGCAAUUGCGCAUGAAAAUAUUGACCUUAUCGAGCAGCACCGUAAAGCACGUGAGAAGGAACAAGCCGAGGAGAUGGCGUAUCGCCAACGGCUCAUGGAAGAGCUUGCUGCAAAUGCCAAGUUGGAUCAGUUGAACAAGAGGCUGCAGUUUCAGCGCAAAAAGGAAAUCAUCGCGGAAUCUCAGAGACAGAUGGAAGCCCGACAAAAACUCAAAGAUGAGGAAAGGAAAAUCGAGGAGCAAGUCGAUAAACUGGAACGUAAACGCGAGGAAGAGAUACAGGAGUAUAUCCGACGCGCUCGUGCGCAGCUGCUAGAGGAGCAUAUGUCAAAGCUUGGUAGGUUCGCCCCAAUUCGCUAUCUCAAACCUGAUGAGAAAGAAAAAUAUUUACCUCAAAUGAAUUCUCUUAGUGAAACCUCAUGACACGUUUGUUGAAGCCAAUUCAGUGUCAUUAUUGGGUACGUUUGGUAGGAAACAUGUAGGGAGAACUCCGUAAGACGAGGUCAAGUAACAAGGAGGAAUGUCCUUUAUCGAAUACUUAUAAAUGUAUAUUCCACUCCACUCCAUUUCAUUUAUAUUUAUAUCUUGAAUUAAUGUUCACACGGAAACAAUGACAUGUAGAGGAACGAUAACCACCCAUCUAGACUGAUUAAUCUUAAUAAGAGUGCCAUACU